GCGUAGCAACAUCUAAACAACGCAUGCGAUGGACACCAGAACUUCACGAGGCAUUUGUUGAAGCUGUUAAUCAGCUCGGUGGUAGUGAACGAGCCACGCCCAAAGCUGUUUUGAAGCUCUUGAAUAACCCUGGCUUGACCAUUUAUCUGAGCUAUAAACCACAUAGCCCUUUAGAGAAUUGUCACUUUCUAGAUUAAGCUAAAGUCACGAAUGCAUACACCUUACAAAGGGGCACAUACUUUGUCUAAAUUUCGUCUCUUAUUUCCACAGGAGAACCUCAAGAGAAGAAGAUGACAUCUAUGGAAGAUAUCAAAUCUCUUGAUAUGAAAACGAGCGUUGAGUUCACACAAGCUCUAAGGUUACAGAUGGAAGUUCAGAAACGUCUCCAUGAGCAGCUCGAGAUCCAACGGACACUGCAGCUACAGAUUGAAAAACAGGUCAGAUACAAGAGAACAAGAGCUCUUCUCCAGAAGAAUUACCAAAGCAAUGUAACACCACAUCUGCAGAAGUCGAAUAUGGUCUCGAAACGCGAACAGAUAACCGGACCGAAUCUGCUUCAGCAUCAAGGAAACGGGUCAGAGAAGAUUGAAACAUAA